AUGAAUUUUUUAAUAUUUUUCUUGUCUAUCUUUUUAAUUUUGACACAUUCUUUUUAUUUAUCACAAAAUGAUUUGAACCUUUGUAAAAGCACCUAUAGAGGAAUUUUGAAAUAUCACCAAAAAAAGGAUAAAAAUGAAUUUUUUAAUGUAUCAGCUGUUUUAAAGAAUAAUACUUUGGAAUUAUAUAGAGGAUCAAAAUUUUUUGAAAGCAUUGAUUUAAGAGAAGUAAUAACUCCACUAAUAAUUUUUUCAACAAAUUCUGAAUGCUUAACAAUUAAUAUUAUUAGCAAAGAUUCAAUAGUUCUUUGUUGUAAUACAGAAGAGUGUAUAAAUAAUUGGUGGUUUUUUUUAACAAAACAAAUUCUUUGCCUAAAUCAAGGGGAAAUGAGGCAUGAGGAUGAUAACAAAACAAUUGAAGAUGAUCAAUAUAAAAAUAUUAAUAAUUUUGAUGGUAUCUCUAUUAAUAUACAAGAGGAUCUUGAUGAUAUCCCUAAUGUUUCAAUAAAAACUGAGUCAUAA